UGGACCAAUCGGUUGGCGGAGAUAACUCAGAGAGAGAGAGAGAGAGAGAGAGAGAGAGAGAGAGAGAGACGGAGAGAGAGAGAGAGAGAGAGAGCCACCGCUGGAUCUCCCAUCCUCCGUUCUUCACACAGCCAUCCGGGAGCUGUGGAAUAGGCGUGCGCUUCUCUCACUCUAACGCAGAUUCAGUGAAAACGACGCAAAGAAAGCGGCUCGACCUGAAGUGUUUUGGACUGACUCAUUUAGCUGCACUUUUUCUACCCAAAGACAUGGAGCACCAUUUCCUGAUGAGACUGUGGUGAGACCGGCGCAACCCUGUCGCGACCACAGCGCCCCCUUUCGGCCCGGACGGCCCACCACGCCCCGGCGCCUAUGAAAGGGUACCAUGUCAGCCGCAGCAUGUCUCAGCACUCCGCCGGCGGCCCCUGCCACUGCGCGCCCGACGACUGCGACGGUCCGGGCAGGGACUACUACCACGGGCACAGCGACGGACACUACUACCCCGCGGGCGGUCCGGCGGAGGCUCUGGCGCUGGAGAGGCACCACUCCCACUCGCACUCGCACUCCCACAGCCACUCCGGAGGGGGCACCUUCCCCCGGUCCCACCCCAGCCAGCACCCGCCUCUCCAGUCGUUCGACUCCUGCGAGGAGUGCCUGUCCGGACACGGGGGCAACAGGCAUCGCAUCCCCCCCAACUUGAUGGACCAGUUCGAGAAGCAGGUGCCCUUCCACCCCGACGGCUUCCACACGCUUCAGUACCAGCGCACAGCCAGCGGGGGCGCCGAGCAGCGCAGCGAGAGCCCCUCGCGCAUCCGCCACCUGGUCAACUCGGUGCAGCGCCUCUUCGCCAAGUCGCAUUCCCUGGAGGCCCCUUCCAAACGGGAGUACAACGGCACGAGGGGGGGAGGAGGAGGGGAGUACCGGGGUGAGAGGGGGGGAGGCCACCGGAGUGGAGGAGAGGACGGGCACUACUCGGGCCACCAGUCUCGUUCCACCAGGAGGAGCAAGUCCCGAGAGCGUAGCAAGAGCGGGGACUCCCGGCACGAGUCGGGCCGACGCCACCGCAGCAGGACGGCGGGCUGGUGGAGCUCCGACGACAACCUGGACAGCGACAGCAGCUUCAUGGUCAGCGGCGGGAGGCGGGGGUAUCCCACCGGGCACGAGAGCCUGGACGCCGCCAUUCAGGAGCUCACCAUGAAAAAGCCCAAGGAGCGAGGAGGGGGGCCGGGAUCUGGCGAGUGCAUGGCCUGUACCACAAUGGCCCUGGCGUCGACCGAGGGGGGAGGGCACCACGGUCACCACGGCCACUCGCUGAAGAGGAGCACCUGGUCGGCCAUGACGGUCAGCCAGGCCAGAGAAGUGUAUCCUUCCACCAGGGGAGGAGGAGGAGGUUACGACAAAGCACUGGUGCCAAUCGAGAGCAAGCUCAAGGAGAGGACCUUCCACUACCUCCAGGUCCCGUCGGAGGACUGGGGCGGGGGAUACGGCGGCAACGCGUCCGACAGCGGCGGGGAGAUCCCGUGCCGCCGGAUGCGGAGCGGCAGCUACAUCAAGGCCAUGGGCGACGACGACAGCGCCGACUCGGACACCAGCCCGAAAGCCUCGCCCAAGUCCACCCUGAUCGCCCAGAGGGAUGCCUUCAGACGGUCCAUCAGCAUGGAUCAGAGGUAUUCGUGUAAGCAGUGCACAGACUCCUACCCCAACAGCCGCACCACGCCCAAGACCCACACCCGCUCUCGCAGUUACACUCGCUCUCUGACCAGCUCGCAGCUGGGCGACACGCUGAACCGUCAGUUUGAGGCAGUGUGUGAGACCAUGUUCGGGGAGGUGGAGUCCCAGGCCGUGGACGCCCUGGACCUCCCCGGUGUGUUCCGCACCCGCAGCCACAGCUACGUGCGCGCCAUCCAGGCCGGCUGCUCCCAGGACGACGACUGCCUCUCCGUCUUCUCCAUGUCGGGCCCCCAGGGAAGCAUCAAGGGCGGGGCCGUCUUUCCUUAUCGUAAAGGUGCUCCCCCCCCACUCCCACCUCGCAUGUCCAAGUCUUCGCUGUCGGUGCGAGCCCAGAGCAGCACCGAGUCCACCCAGGACGCGUAUUUCCAGAGCAGCGCCCAGAUGUCCUCGGGCUCCGGUCCCGGACGCCCCAAGCAGCACAGCAACUCGGUGGACCUGGGCGGCUCCGACGGGCUCUCGGGCCGCUCCUCCAGGGGGGGCUACUACACGGCCGGCGGGCCCGGGCGCUCCCGGCAGCACAGCAACUCCGCGGAGAGCCUGGACGGGGUCAGGGGGUCGAGGGAGCUGGUGCCCUACGGCGGCGGGCCGGGCAUCGGGGUGAGGGCCAAGCACAGCAGCUCCGCCGACAGCCUGCUGGAGGGGCCGCCCAGGCCGGCCAGGGAGAGGGACAGCAGGGUCGGGGGCAGCCUGGGGAAGUCCGUCUCUCUGCCCCAGAACAGCAUCGUGCUGAGCAAGGCGGGAGGGCAGGACGAGGGCCGCGGCGGCAGGAAGUGGAGGCCGUCCAUCGCUGUGCAGGUCGACAGCUCAGAGACCCUGUCCGAUUCCGACGCAGAAGGCAAAGCUCUGACCGAGGUUCACUCUAUAGGAGUGCAAGUGGAAGAUGACAAAAGGCGUGCUCGUUUCAAACGCUCCAACAGCGUGACGGCGAGUGUGCAGGCCGACCUGGACCCCGAGGGCUUCCCAGGGCUCAGCAUCGCCGUGCCAACGCAGGACAAGAGCCUCCAGUUCGGCUGCUCCUUUCAGAGGCACUCGUCAGAGCCGGAGUCGGCCAGUCAGUACACAGAAUGCCACCGCACCGUCCACACGCAGGGACAGUGGGCCUACCGAGAGGAUUUUAUCCAGAGCGGCUACACCACCGAGGCCUGCCAGGUGGACCCACGGUCCCACCAGCACCCACACCUGCCUCCUCGCUCCCACUCCCCGCUGCCCAUCGCGUCUGAGCGGGCCUGGGCCGGGACGCCGUCUCUGGAGGGCCCCAGGAGCCUGCCCGACUCGGGGCGAGCGUCGCCCUGCAUGAGGGACGGAGAGUUCUUCUUGCGCCUCCUGCAGACGGAGGUGGAGAGGAUGGAGGGCUGGUGCCAGAACAUGGAGAGAGAGGCGGAAGAGAACGAACUCCCAGAGGAAAUUCUUGAGCUGAUUCGGAAUGCAGUUGGCAGCGCCCAGAUGCUCAUGUCUCAGAAAGUUCAGCAGUUCUUCCGUCUCUGCCAACAAAGUGUGGACCCAUCAGCCUACCCCCAGCCCACGUCUCAGGACCUGGCCUCCUUCUGGGACCUGCUGCAGCUCAACAUAGAGGACGUCAGGGUUAAGUUUCAGGACCUCCAGAGGCUCAAGGACUCUGGCUGGAGGCUCCCACCUGAAAAGAAGGAGGACAAGAAGCUUCCUCCCCCGUUACCAAAGAAGCCAGCCGGCGGGGUGAGCGGCAGCCUCCGUGCCGAUAGCGUCGGGGACGGGGGCGCCGGCGGCGGAGGAGGAGGCGUGUCGGGGAGCCUGGUGGUGCCUCGCGUGGGAGGCCACACCCUUCCCAUCAGGGAGAAGUCCCUGGAUCUCGGGGACCGUCAGAGGACAGAAGCGAGGAGGAGGCUGCUGCAGACCAAGCGCACUGCCUCGUUCAGGCAGAACUCAGCGACGGAGAGCGCCGACAGUAUCGAGAUUUACAUCCCCGAAGCCCAAACUCGACUCUGAACGCGAGCUGCUCCAGGGAGUUAGUCUCCCACCCACCUUCCCA